GCUGUACAUAGAAGGGAACCCGUCUAUCCUUGUCCGUGAAAGGCUGCCACUUGUCUAGUUAACAUGGCAGCCUCCACUUGCAUACUGAAUUUUGUAAAGUGUCUUAUAAUUUUGUUUUUUGUUAAUGUAUCACUGGCCCUCUAUGCUGACCAAGUAGGAAAGUUUGACUGGAAUCAAAAACUUAUAGGGAAAGUAAAAUAUGCACUAUUUGACCAUUCCACACAUAGUAGCAAGAGAAUCGUUGUUGCUACAGAAGAAAAUGUUAUAGCAGCACUAAAUUCAAAGACUGGAGCAAUUUUAUGGAGGCAUGUUUUUGAGAAAACCAGUGUGGGAAUAGUUCAUGCCCUGUAUAAUGUUGGAAAUGAUGUUGUCACGCUGACUGGUGGUGGCAACAUCAUCAGGAGCUGGAACAGUGCUACUGGAGUCCUUCACUGGGAAUCUGUGGCUUCAAAAUCCACAGCCACUGAUAACCCACAAUCACUGUUAAUGCUCGAGAAGAAAACACUGGUGGUAUUGACGUCAGAUACUGUCUUCGCUGUUGGUCUGGCAACUGGCAAGAUAAAAUGGACAGCAGAAGUUCCAAACAAAGACACCGUUGUGUACAAGCAUUUCUACACGGAUCUUGACAACCUCUAUCUUAUUGGCACGGUCGAAGGUUCGCAUGUUACUAUAGCAACCAUUUCUCUUGAAACGGGAAAGGUGAAACUACAGACCCAGGUUCCGGCAUCGUGGGUUUUACUGUCAACAACAUGUAAGAUGCUGCAGUCUGGAAGGCUCAUCUGCUUCGAACCAAGGAUGAAGUAUCUAUAUAGUCUGCAGCCUCCAAGUGGAGAUCAAUUUGUGCCAACUGCCCUCAGCGAUGUGAUGGGUCAGCUGAUGGUGAUAAAGGAUGUGAGUUUCACGGACCUACACGCUGACAGUGUAGGCGUACAAGUCGCGCCAGAUCACCACAUUGUCAUCACGGUAGAUGCCUCAGGACAAGCCAAGCUUGUAAAGGACCUGCCCCAGGUUUUCGGCAUUGACAACCUGAGUGGAGAGGUGAUAUGGCAGAAGCUGAUACCGGGCAUAGUGCCGUUCCAGCAGCUGGGGAAGGAGACGCUGCCGCUGUUCGUGCUGCGGACGACCGCGCAUUUCCCGCACCCGCCCGAGUACGCCGUGCUCGGAAAACACAAGGCCACGGGUAACGGGCUCCUCGACGUGUUCAAUCCCAUCACCGGCCGCUGCAUGACUCGCGAAGUCAUCCAGCUCAACUACAGGGUGCAGCACGUGUCUCAGCUCGCCCAGCACGACGCCGACUUCGUGAGACCCGUGAUAUUCGUGGACACGAACAAGCUGAUUCACGUCUAUCCGGAGACGGCCACGGACGUGUUGAUGGAGGCCGUCGCACACAACUACCUGUUCAGUGCCGACGCCGACACCGGCGUGGUGACAGGCUACAGGAUGUCGCUCACGGCCGAGAAGGGAUUUACAAGUGAGCCAGUGUGGAGUGUAAUCCUAUCUAAGGAUACACAGAGAAUUACAAACGUCGUGGCAAAACGACAGAACGAGCACGUUCACUCGCAGGGCAGAGUGUUGGGAGACCGUAGUGUGUUGUACAAAUACCUGAAUCCCAACCUAGUCGUCUUCACAACGGAGGGACAAGAUGAUCAGGAAAAAAGUUACGUAACACUGUACCUCAUUGACGUCAUCAGUGGGCAAGUGGUUUUCAGCGCAAACCAUCAACGAGCCAAAGGUCCCGUCAAUAUUGUGCACUCUGAGAAUUGGGUCGUGUACACAUACUGGAAUCAACGGUUGAGACGCCACGAGGUGGCAGCACUAGAGAUGUAUGAGGGAAGGACACAAAGCAAUACGACUGCGUUUUCAUCGUUAGCGCCGCCGCCAACGCCAAUCGUUGAGCGCCAGGCUUACAUUCUGCCUUACACUGUUGUGGCGAUGACGACCACCAUAACAGAGAAAGGCAUUACAAACCGACACAUACUGUUGGCCUUGGCUGACGGUGGUAUAUUGGACCUUCCAAAGGCCUUACUGGAUCCAAGACGUCCAAAUACGCCGACAGCCGAGCACAGGGAGGAGGGUCUCAUUCCCUACAUGCCUGAGAUUGGAGCGCCGAAGGAGAUGAUCAUUAACUACAACAGGAGUGUUUUUAACAUUGAUGCGAUAUACAGCGCCCCGGCGGGUCUCGAGUCCACCACACUCAUAUUUGCUUAUGGCCUAGACUUGUUCUGUACGAGAGUGUGGCCUUCGAAGAUGUUCGACGUGCUAAAGGAUGACUUUGACUACUGGCUGAUCAGUGUCGUACUCACAGCUCUCAUCCUCUCAUCAAUCAUACUGCAGAAGAUGGCCGCUAGAAAACAACUGCACGCCGCCUGGAAAUGAUGCAGGCUGCUCUAGUGUCAACUUAAACUUUUAAUUUUAAUUGAACAUUAAGUUUCACGUAUUUAUGUGUUCCGUAUCAUAUUUAACGUACUUUCGUGGUUUCGUCCUUCCGUGGAUGCUAACAAAAAGGCUGCAUGUAAAUUUUGCACAAAGUACGAAGAUGGCGUGGACAACGAUUAUUACGAAUUCAUUAUGUAAUUUUUUUCGUAACGUGUGAUUGUGAGUAUGUGCAUCAUUCCUAACAACCUCAUGUUAGUACCAGGUAGCGAUCUACACCCUGUUCUAGUGAGACGAGGCAUGUAUACACCGUAUGAGAACGUUAAUGGAAGCGUUUUGUGACACUUGUUGUACAGUCGAUUACGAUGAUCAUACCUAUACGGUGCACAGUAUACACGUGUAUAGAUAUCAAGAGUGUUAUAAUAUAGACACUCCUAUCCAUCUAUAAUAUGACACUUCUGAUAUUAUCAUGUGCUAUGCUGCUCUUCACUAGUUCCCAACAUGAAGUAACGUUGAAUUUAUGCGUAUCUUGGCAACGUAGACAUAAUGGCUUAUAUUACGAUUUACAACGAGCUGGUCAAGAGUUAUACACAGUUGAACGUUCGAGAUCGCGUUUGAAGAAUGUGAUUAUUGAAGAGACACGAAAGAAGCAUUUUGUCGUCGCGGCUGCAUUCCACUUGAAGAGGUACGAGAGAUUUCCAUUCGCUAUAAAUUGUGUUUCGAAUCUGCCACAUUGUUCAACCAUUUAAAUAAUAAUGACAUCGUUUUUCCUUAAAUUUACUUCGAUAAUUGUAAUGCUACACAAUAUAGUAGGGCAGCCUUAUAUGAUAUUCCCUUAUCAACUGAACAUGACUUUCUAUAAUGGUUUGUAUGCAACCAGGUAGAUGUGGGGCACUUUCGCCAGAUGGCAUCCUGUGCUCACACAUAGCAUGUCGUAAACUGUAUCAAUGAGGCAUAUUAUGUUAACGGUGUCCACUAAAUGGUUUUGCUGAAGACCCGAUUUAACUAUUGCCUCCAUUGUAGUUAACCCGAUUUGUUACCGAACAAUUUUAAUAAAACCCACGUGACACGGGUUUCGAAAAUGGAUGGUCUCGUUGUUCAUGUGCGACGUCGGUCGUUAAUGGCUCCCGUAAUUUGUAUAAUAGUAGGAAGCUUUGCAUGUGGCGCAGACAAUCACGUUGUCUCUCGUAUGCAAACGUCUACAAACACUCAUACCAAGUGCACGUGUGUGGCAACGCGUGCCUUAACUCACGAGUUCAACUACGUGUGCUGUACCAGUAUUUGUAAGUUUUUGUAAUAAAAACGUUUUGGUUGUUACUUUA